GGUCCCUACACAACAUGGCGGCCCCCAUGUUGCUGCGCGGGGCGGCCCCGGAAAAGCUGGGCCAUAAAAAAUACAAAGCUAUUCUGAAGAAAGAAAAACGAAAGAAAAAGAGACAAGCACUUGCCAGAUUAAGAGAUUCAGAAAUCACAGAAAAAAGUGAACCAUUGCCUGAAGAGGAGGAACUGGAAGAAGAGGAAAAACAACUUGAGGCUGAAAGGCAAAAACUACAUGAGGAAUGGUUGCUGAGAGAAGAAAAGGCUCAAGAAGACUUCAGGCUCAAGAAGGAAAAGGAAGAGGCCAUGAGAAGACUUCAGGAGGAAGAGGAGAGAAAGAUAAAAGAAGAAUGGGAAGAACAGCAAAGGAAGGAGAGAGAAGAGGAGGAGCAGAAGCAACAGGAGAAGAGAGAAAGAGAGGAAGCUGUGCAGAAGAUGCUGGAUCAAGCUGAAAGUCAGCUGGAAAAUGGCGCUACCUGGCAUAACCCAGAACCCCCAGAGAACAUAGGAACGGAGAAAGAUAGAGCUAAUUGCCCAUUUUAUAUCAAAACAGGAUCCUGCAGAUUUGGAGACAGGUGUUCCCGCAAACAUAACUACCCAACAUCUAGUCAGACGCUUCUGAUCAGAGGUAUGUUUGUUACAUUUGGAAUGGAGCAGUGUAGAAGAGAUGACUAUGAUACAGAUGCGAGUCUUGAAUACAGUGAGGAGGAAACGUACCAGCAGUUCUUAGACUUCUAUGAAGAUGUACUGCCUGAGUUCAAGAAUGUGGGAAAGGUUAUUCAAUUCAAGGUCAGCUGCAACUUUGAGCCUCACCUGCGGGGAAAUGUAUAUGUUCAGUACCAAUCGGAGCGAGACUGUCAAGAAGCCCUUACUCUAUUCAAUGGACGAUGGUAUGCAGGACGACAGCUUCAGUGUGAAUUUUGCCCAGUGACAAGGUGGAAAACUGCUAUAUGUGGUUUAUUUGAAAGACAAAAAUGCCCAAGAGGGAAACACUGCAACUUUCUUCACGUAUUCAGAAAUCCACACAAUGAGUUUUGGGAGGCCAAUAGAGACAUACAUAUUUCUCCUGAACGGACCAAUCAGUCAGCUAAAAACUCUGAAAGGAGAAACAGAACAGGCUAUCACGAGGACUAUUACAGCAAGUCAAGAAGACGGAGCAGCCCCAGCCCAGAUCAUUCUUACAAAAGAAAUGGAGAAUCAGAGGGGAAAAAAAGUAGCUACAAGAGCAAGAAAAGACGGCGGUCUAGCAGGUCAAGAAGUUGGGAACGAAGGCGGUCACAUAGUAGAGGGAAGAAGAGGAGAGGUCGUAGUCGCAGCAGAAGCCGUAGUUGUACACGUGGUCGUAGUAGAAGCCGAAGUAGAAGCUCCUCUCGGUCCAGGAGUCGGGGCAAAAAGAGGUCAAAUAGCAGAGGAAGAAGUAAUGAACCCCUCCCCAAAAAGUAAAGCCAAGUGGAAUUCAGACAAGAAUCUUAGUGCUCCCUUUUUGAAAAAUGAGUGGCGGCUUCUCCCAGUUAGAGAAACACUUUCACUGAAAUUAGGACUGUGUAUACUGUACUGAACUGCCCUUUAUUAUAGUCAAGAAAUUGAAUGCUAAGUUUGUAUUAUCCAAAACACCUUCAGUAAGUGUGUUUUUGGCUUUAAUUCUUAGAUGAAAUAGCACUAUAGCUUAACCUGAAUAUUCAUUUAGAUGAAGUUUCUUUACAGUAAAUGUUUAAUGUGAUUAAGCUUUCAAUUACCUGCUAACUUAUUGUUUUCUGUAAAGUUGUUAAUAGCUGUAAAUAAAUGGAAUCUUGAGUACAUAUUACACUUUUUUUUAAUAAAGUUUGAUGCAAAUCAAGUGAUGUAAUGUUUAAUUGUGCAUUAUUUUUACUUAUCUCCUUCCCCCUGCAAAAAUAUUAAACCUUUGAUUAUAUAUAAGCACACAGAAAUGGUGUAAAAAUGAACAUUUAUUACAAUUAAAUUAAUGUGAUACUAAGACAGUGGUCACAGGUUUUGACACAAUCACAACAAAGCUUAAUCCAGCCUAGCACAUACAAGUGACAGCGUAAACCUUAGAAACAUGUUUGUUUAAACACAUAUAAAACUGCUUUCAGAUUGAAUUUCCUUCAUUUAAAAUGUCAAUCACUUCAACAGCACAAACAGCAGGCCAUCCCAUACCAGUUGUGUAUCCUCUUUUUUUGCAUAUUCUACAUGAGUCAAAUGCAGAACAGGGCUCUUGUGUACCUUAUACAAACAUGAUAUUCUAGUGAUUUGAGAGGCCUGUGUUCUGUACAUGACAUGAGUGGAUAUGAAUACUGCAAAUGUGUGGUACUGCUUACGUCAAGUGAGCAAACUGAAAUGUUAUGGAGCCUAUGGUCAGUUCCAAUAUAACAGCAAGCUUAGAAAAACACUCACCUUGUGAUCACUGCAGAUACACACAGUAGAACUUUGCUACUCCACAUAUAAUUUGCAGAAAAAAUGGCACUAACUUCUCAGCAACAGAACAGAGUUCUGUACAGAGAUCUCAUAAGACUAAAUACUUUAAAGUGUAGACUAUAUUGCAAAACACCUAUAACUGUCAAAAUAAAUGAACAAAGUACAUUUUGUGGUGUAUUACCCUUAUUUGUUCAUUUACAUGCUGAAACUCACUCAGUAAUUUUCAAUAGGACCUCAGCGUAAACUAGGUUGGUGGUACUGUAUACAAACACUUGUUUGCUUAAGCUUAGUAAUUUCACAAUGGAUGUCACCUGCAUGUACGGUGACAGGACAUUAAUGUAUAUCAAUGUAGCAGGUUAAUAAAAUAUUUUUAAAAUAGAUGCUUAUGCCCCUAUUGAGCAUACCAUAAUAUACCAGUAAAUGCAAAGCCAUUAGUCUUGUUUCUAGGGUUCAAAAUAAAAACUUCUAAAUUGUUAUAUGCAGUGUUGUAGCCAUGUCUGUCACACAAUAUUAGACACACAAGGUGGAGGAAGUGAUAUCUUUUAUUGGACAAACUGUGUUGGUGAGAAAGAGAAGCUUUUGAUCUUACAGGGAGCUCUUCAGAUCUGAGAAAUGUACUUAAAAGUCACAGCUAAACACAAUGUGGAACAGAUAGCAUAAGCAGUUAAUACAUAUUUCAAUGGACCAUUCAAGGUGAAGUGGCCUGUUAACACCCUUCCAGUUCUAGGGGAGGAAGAAAUACAGGGAGAGGCAGCUUGGGUAAGGGGGUUGUUAGUGGAUAUAGAUUGUUGUUAUAAACCAUAAAUUCAAUGUGUCUGUUCAGUCCAUGAUUUUUAGUGUCUAGCAAAGUUAUGAAUUUAAGCUCCCAGGCUCACUUUUUGAAAGUGUUGUGCAGGUUUCCUUUGAGGAUGAGGACUGAAAGGUCAGAUAUAGAGUGAUCGCUUUGAGAAAAGUUUUCACCCACAUUGUCACUGGAUUUAUGGUUUAUUACAACAAUCUAUAACCCACUAAAAUCAUCAGUGCUGGAAUAGGAGGGGGGGGGCUAUGGC